AUGUCAAAAACUAUUGCACGCCGACUGUUUCACUUGACAUCCCGUUUACGAUCUGACUUUUCUCAUAUUGUAAUUGGAGGUGGCAUUGUCGGCAUAGCAACAGCAGCCGAGCUUCAGAAGCAAGAGGGAAACAACGUACUUUUGGUUGAGCAGCACUCGGCAUUGGGUCAAGAAACAACAUCGAGAAACAGCGAAGUCAUCCAUGCUGGACUCUACUACCCCGUGGACUCACUUAAAGCUAAAUUUUGUAUUCGUGGGAAAAACAAAAUCUAUAAUGCGUGGUCGUCCUCGUCCUCGUCCUCGUCUUCGUCAUCGUCAUCGAUUAAUAACAACUUUCCCGUCGAUCUUCAAAAGUGUGGUAAAUGGAUUGUUGCCCAAAAUGAUGCAGAGGAAGAGUACUUGUGGAAAUUGAAAAAAAAUGCAGAUGAUUUGGGUGUCCCAGUGCAAUUUGUACUGACAAAAAAAGCCAACAGUCAAUUUCCAUUAAUCAAAGCAAACAAUGCUAUUCUAGAAAGCCCCACCACGGGGAUAAUUUCUGCUCACGAUUAUGUAACCUUCCAUGAAACAAGGUUCACUAAUGAAGAUGGGACUUUGGGAUUGAAUACAAAAGUGAAAAAUAUAACUUACAAUCCAGGAACCAAAAACUACUCUGUGGUGAUGGAGACUGAAGGAGAAGAAAAGGAAGAGAUGGAGAUGAGCAGUGACAAUGUAAUCAACGCUGCGGGACUCUUUGCUGCAGAAGUAGCCAACAUGCUCUUACCCAAAGAUCGACACUACAAUUACUAUUUUGCAAAAGGCAACUAUUUCAGCUACACACCAGAAACUCCAUUGGGAGUUAAGAUAACCGAUAAACUCAUCUACCCAUGCCCCAACCCAAAUGCCUCGUCGCUAGGCACGCACUUGACCUUCGACCUUGGUGGUCAAUUGCGCUUUGGACCUGAUUUGGAGUGGUUGGAAAAUGUGACAAACGCGGCAGAUAUUGACUAUGCUCCCAACGCACGCAACAUAGUACCCGCAUAUGAAGCAAUACGUACAUAUUUCCCGGCAAUCACGCAAAACUCGUUGGUACCUUCAUAUUCUGGUAUCCGACCAAAGCUAUUGAAUUCACAGCAAAGCAAAAAAAAAUUCGCAGACUUUGUUAUAAAAGAAGAGGAUGGUUACCCGGGAUUUGUAAAUCUACUUGGAAUAGAAAGUCCAGGGUUGACUGCUGCUUGGGCCAUAGCCGAGCACGUGAAAAACAUAUACCAUCAAUAA